CAGUCCUUUAGCAUUGCUAAAUUUCCUCGUAUGUGGAUUAAUCAAGAACACCGGUUGUGUUGAAGUAUUUAGGCAGAAUAUUUCAGUGUUCAGCAAUAAUGUCUUCGGUUCAGCAUCUGAGGAAGUUUAUCAGCGAGAGACUAAAUGCUGCAGCUGAAGAAAUAUUCUCAGAGUUGGAAAAAACUAUUGUCCACUACGAGGAAGAGAUCGAUCGUCAACGUGGACUACUGGACAUCAUCUGGAAACCACAAAGAAAUUUCCACACAACAGAGGCUCCACAUCAAUAUGUCUUCAAGGAGGAUGAAACUGUUCAAGAUGACCAGCAGCUCUGCGACCAGAAGUUGAACUCAAACCUGGAUCAGGAGCAACCAGAGUCUGCACGUGUUAAAGAGGAACAGGAGGAACUCCUUACCAACCAGGGAGGAGAGCUUUUUCUAAAGGAUGAAACUGAUAACUUUUCAGUUACUGCUGCUCAUGGGGAAAAUGACUAUGAUGAUCAAAAAUCAUCAAACAGGGACUAUAUUCCCUCCUACACCUCUCCUGUAGACGAACAUUCGCAUUUAGAGGGAAGCACAGUUAAAGACCCAACCAAACCAACCAGAUAUGCGGAUGGGAAACCAGAAAAUAAUUGUCAGACGGAGACUAAUCGUGUGGAAGAGUCCUCUCUGUCAGAGCGUCAUUGUAAUACUGAGAAGCAGUGUUUGUGUGACACUUCUGGAAAACCUUUUCUUAACCCAUCAUCUCUUAGAAGACAUGAAACAGUCCAUGAAAAACAAAUUUCCUGUAAAACUUGUGGUAAGACAUUUACAGAUAAAACUAAGUUUACUGUUCAUGUGAGAUUUCACGCAGGUGAGAAGUCAUAUUCUUGUCAAACUUGUGGAAAAUGUUUCAGUAAAAAUUAUGAAUUUUUGCGCCAUAUGAGAAUUCACACAGGUGAGAAGCCGUAUUCUUGUCAAACAUGUGGAAAAUGUUUCAGUCAAAACUCAGAUUUUUGGCGCCACAGGCGAAUUCACACAGGUGAAAAGCCAUAUUCUUGCAAGAUAUGUGGAAAAUAUUUCAGUCAAAGUUCUUCAUUGUUGCGCCACAUGAGAACUCAUCCAGGUGAGAAGCCGUAUUCUUGUAAGACAUGUGGGAAAUGUUUCAGUCAAAGCUCCAUUUUGUUGCGACACAUGAGAUCUCAAACAUGUGAAAAGCUGCGUUCAGGCGAGAAGCCGUUUUCUUGUGCAGCAUGUGGAAAAUGUUUCCAAAAACACUUUAAUUUGUUGCGCCACAUGAGGACUCACACAGAUAAGAAGCUGUGAUCUUGUAAAACUGGUGGACAAUGUUUUCAGUCAUCAUAGUGAUUUGUUGUAGCACAAGAGAAAUCAGACAUUUGACAUGUUCUUAUACAACUUGGUAUGAAUGUUUCACUCUCAAAAUACUGCAAGCCUUUUGAAACUCAAUUGUUUGAAUCAGAACAACCAUUACUUAUACUGAGUUUUAUUUCUUGAAUUUUAUCUUAUUUAUCCACCCAGCUCUACUACUACAACUUAUUUAACACCACAUAAUUGUUAUUGCAUUAAUAUUUGUGGCCACUAGAGGGCACUAAGAACCCACAUAUUUAGUUUGUUUAAUUCUUGAUACAAUCCAACAAAAACAGAUAAAAGAUCCUCCUAAUACAAGAAUGAAAAGAAUAAGAAAAAAUAAAAAUCUUAUAUAAACUGACAAUUUUUUACAUGACAAUUUAUACUGUAUACAUAUACAAAAAAGCAACAUAAAACAACCAAUAAAAUAAAAUAAGACUGAUUUAGACUCUCACCUCUACCUCAUAAGGCUUCCGUUACUGCAAACUAUCACAACACAACAGAAGAACCAUUAACAUAUAGAGUUAUUAAAAAAAAAAAAAAAAAACUAAUACUUUUCUUGACGAUAUUGAUUUUGGUUUUUUAACAUCUUUUUCUACAUCAUUCCAUAAAUUAAUUCCUGUUACACAGAUGCAUAAUUCCAUCAGCUGAGUUGUACAUCUAGAUUUAUUAAAGAUCUCUGUUAUUUUUGUAUUACAAUUCCCCUUUUUAUAAAAAAAACAAUUCUGUAUAUUUGGUGGUAAUAUGUUCUUAUUUACUUUAACUACGAUUAGUAAAGUACAGUAAUCCACCAACUUAGAAACUUCAACUGGAUGAAUAAUGGAUUUAAUGGAUCCCCGAAUUUACUUCUGGAGGUGUAUUUAUAUAUAUAUAUAUAUAUAUACUUCAACCCAGUACAUCAGAUAUGGCACAAUUAAUCACUGAUAUACUGCAACAUAAUACUUUCUUAUUAAAGAACUCUUGGUGUAAGAUGGCAAUUGUUUUAGAUAUUUUCAUUUUUAUGUGAAAACAAGCUUUAAAAAAAAAUUUAAACAAAGUAAAUAAAAACAAAAGAAUAGUUAAAAUGCAAGAAACAAAAAUUACAGUGUAAGGAACUAACAGUUUUUUAGAUAAAAGGCAGCAAAUAGAAAAGUUUUUAACCCUGAUUUAAAACUGCUGAGAGUUUCAGCAGACCUGCAGUUU